AUGGACAACGCUGCGGAUAAUGAGAUGCUCGUCGAUGAAUAUGAGCAGUAUCACAAUGACAGGACAGACGAUGUCGUGGUUUCUCGCUCCGGAUCAGAGGAGCCGGAACCAGAGCCCCUUGCGGAUGACUUUCGAGCAAUGAUGGCACGAAUACUACCUGAGGAUCCGGACCUGGAAACCGCGGACGAGGCAUACCACACAUGGCACAUCCAGGACUGGCGGAAGUUAAAAAAGAAGGAGCAUGGACCAGUAUUCCAGUGUGGGGGAUUCCCAUGGCGGGUUCUUUUCUUCCCUUACGGUAAUCAUGUCGAUUAUGCCUCGUUCUAUUUAGAGCACGCCUGGGACAAGGAGCCUCCGGAAAAUUGGUAUGCAUGCGUCCAGUUUGCUCUGGUAUUGUGGAACGUCAAUGACCCAUCAAUUUAUGUAUCUCAUGUCGCUACGCACCGUUUCAAUGCCGAUGAGGGCGAUUGGGGCUUUACCAGAUUCUGUGAGCUGCGCAGACUUUUCAACAUGCCGUGGGAAGGCCGUGGGGUGCCCUUGGUGCAGAAUGAUGAAGCUAAAGUCACUGCUUACGUGCGUGUUGUGAAGGACCCGACAGGGGUACUUUGGCACAGUUUUCAAAAUUACGACUCGAAGAAGGAGACUGGCAUGGUGGGGUUGAAAAAUCAGGGCGCAACGUGCUACCUCAACUCCCUGCUGCAAUCCCUGUAUUUCACAAAUGCUUUCCGCAAGGCUGUGUACCAAAUUCCCACAGAGGCAGAAGCGACGCGAGAGAACAGUGCCUGGACACUCCAGAGGCUCUUCUACAAUCUUCAAACGAGCGAAAACUCUGUCUCAACAACCGAGUUGACCGCAUCAUUUGGCUGGGAAUCGCGGCAGAUCUUUGAACAGCAAGAUGUGCAGGAACUUUCCAGAAAGCUUAUGGAAAGACUCGAAGAGAAGAUGAAAGCGACACCAGUAGAGAAUGCAUUGCCCGAACUUUUUGUCGGCAAGACGAAGACUUACAUCUCUUGUAUCAACGUCGACUACGAAUCGUCGCGUGUGGAAGACUUCUGGGAUAUCCAGCUGAAUGUCAGAGGCAACAAGACACUCGACGACAGUUUCAAGGACUACAUUCAGGUGGAGACCCUCGAGGGCGAGAACAAGUACGAUGCAGGCUCUCCAUACGGCCUGCAAGAUGCCAAAAAAGGUGUCAUCUUCGAGAGCUUCCCUCCUGUGCUCCAUUUGCACCUGAAACGCUUCGAAUAUGACAUUAAUCGCGAUGCGAUGAUGAAGAUCAAUGACCGCCACGCUUUCCCGAUGGAAUUCGACGCGACUCCAUAUCUCUCUGAUGCUGCCGACAAAUCAGAACCGUGGAUUUAUCAGUUGCACGGAGUCCUAGUUCACAGUGGUGAUCUGAACGCAGGCCAUUACUACGCAUUCUUGAAGCCUACCAAGGACGGCCAUUGGUACAAAUUUGAUGACGACCGUGUGACCAGGGCCACUGACAAGGAGGUACUCGAGGAGAACUAUGGUGGUGAAUAUGAACUAUCUAAUGGCGCGGCCGGCGUCCGGCAACCACAUACACGGGGUCUGUCGACCAAACGGUCAAUGAAUGCCUACAUGUUGGUCUAUAUUCGGAAAACACGCCUGGAUGAUGUCCUUCUGCCGAUCACAAAGGAAGAUAUCCCUUCUCACAUUGAAAAGCGUUUAGUAGAGGAGCGCGCGGAGCUCCUCCGCAGAAAGAAGGAGAGAGAAGAGGCUCACCUGUAUAUCAAUGUCGGAGUUCUAUCGGACGAGUCGUACAGGUCACACCAUGGAUUUGAUCUGACGAGCACGGACCUACCUGCCGGCGAUCCGGCCCUGCCGAAACAGUACAGGACUCUUCGGGCUAAGAAGGUUGGCGAAUUCGUAGAGCAGCUUGCGGAAGAACGGGGUCUGAACGCAAGCCAAAUCAGGCUGUGGGUGAUGGUGAACCGUCAAAACAAGACGACUCGGCCGGACCAAGCCAUCAAAGACCCGGACAUGACGGUGGAAGAGGCCUACAGCAGAUUUGGGACUAAAGGAAACCCGUUCAAAGUAUGGAUGGAAGUUGGGCAACCAUCUGCGGAUGGAACUAUCUCGUGGCCUGACAGCAGUUCUUCUGUGCUCGUCUUUUUGAAGAACUUUGACGUCCCUUCUCAGACUCUGUCUGGAGUCGGUGCUGUAUACGUCCGCAAGAAUCAGAAAGUCGCAGAACUCGCCCCGAUAAUUCUCGAGAAAAUGAACUGGCCUGCCGGAACAGAGUUCAUGCUUUUUGAGGAAAUCAAGCACAACAUGAUCGAUGUGAUGAAGCCGAAGCAGACUUUCCAGCAGUCUGAAAUUCAAGACGGCGACAUAAUCACAUUUCAACGCACAGUCAAAGAAUCUGACUUACCACCCACUGCACUAUACACAGAUGCAAGACAGUAUUAUGACUACUUGUUGAACAGAAUAAAUAUCACUUUCGCUCCCAUCAAAGCGACUGAUGGCGACGAGUUCACUCUCACUCUGAGCCGAAAGAUGACAUACGAUCAGUUCUCGAAGAAGGUCGGCGAGCACCUCAACGUGGAAUUUACUCACCUCCGUUUCGCCCCUGUUCUUGCAAGUACCGGAAAGCCCAAGCAGUUCAUUAAACGCAAUCCUAAUCAGGCCAACCAAACACUGUACCACAUCCUUAGUGGGCAGGUCAGUGGCUACGGUUAUAGCAUGCAUCGCCAAGAUGCACUAUACUAUGAAGUUCUUGAGACCAGUCUUAGUGACUAUGAGUCGAAGACUACACUGAAAGUAACGUUACUCACCGAAGGCAUUGUGAAAGAGCAAUUGGUUGAAGUCCUGGUGCCUCGGGACGGCACCUUCGCAGAUCUUCUGGCAGGUCUACAGAAAAAGGCAAACCUUGACGAUGAUAUGGUUCGAGAAAUGCGCAUCUUCGAGGCCCACAGCGGCAAAAUUUACAAAGAGUACCAAGAAGAUGCUAAGAUCGCUGGCAUCAAUGAGUACGUGACUUUAUACGCCGAGAGGAUACCCGAGGAAGAACUUCAGAUGCAUGACGGCGAACGGACAAUCAAUGCAUUCAGCUUUGACCGAGAGCCGAGCAGGCCGCACAGUAUCCCGUUCAAGUUUGUCAUGAAACCUGGCGAGAUCUUCAAGGAAACGAAAGAGAGGCUCUCCAAACGAACCGGCAUCAAGGGCAAACAAUUUGAGAAGAUUAAAUUUGCUGUCGUUCCCCGGUCUUUGUAUUCUAACCCGCGGUAUCUUGAUGAUGAUGAUAUCCUUUCCGACAUUGUUGGCGAAUCCGACGACCUGCUGGGACUGGAUCAUGUAAAUAAAAGCCGGAGCUUUUGGAGCAGGAGCGAGUCUUUUUUCAUUCGAUAG